UGAUAUUUUUUUGCAUAAUGUACUCAAUUUUCGAAAAUUGGAAAAGCGCGCUGCCCGAAGAUCAAUGGUUAAUCAAGUUACUGCAAUUGCAGUGUGACCAAGGAAACACGAACCAUGACGUAGUCAGCUGAUUACGAGAUACAAAGAACAUUGAUAAAUGGAUAAUUUGGUGCGGCGUCACGAUUGGACAGUUUGGGCUUCGGAAAAUACGUGCGACGGCGAACGGAGACAAACGAAAUCGACUCGAAUUUCCUUUGUACGAACUACUAAGGUAAAGUAAAUGCCGGUCGUCCUCUAACUGAUUGGAGCGACGCCAUUGGACCGAACGUUUCGCACAGUUGUACAGUUUUGGUACUCUUUCUGGUAAACAGCCAGUAUACCGUUUCACAAUUAAGUCUAACGUAAUUGUAUACCGAUAAAGUUGUAGACUGCGCGUGUACCGUGAUCAUAGUUACCGUCGUGAUACUAAGGCCGUGCACUCCACGAUUUGGUUUUUUGUUGUCCGAUGUCUGGUGCUGAAGUACUAGACACCACCUGUGAAUUGCCGGCCAAGAAGCGUAAACUGGCUUCCGGUGAAUCGUCUGCAGUGGUAUCCUCUGACUCUGUGGCAGUCAAUCAGGUAAUAAUGUCUAAGAACGGCGUAGGAGAAAUCGAUGAAGGUCUCUAUUCGCGUCAGCUUUACGUUUUGGGUCAUGAUGCAAUGCGUAAAAUGGCCUCAUCCGACGUGCUAAUCAGUGGGCUUGGCGGAUUGGGCGUUGAAAUUGCCAAGAAUGUCAUACUCGGUGGUGUUAAAUCCGUCACAUUGCAUGAUUCCGUUGUUUGUACUUACAGAGACUUGUCGUCCCAGUUCUACUUGUCGGAAAAAGAUAUUGGAAAGAAUAGAGCUGUAGUCAGUUAUCCAAAGUUGGCAGAACUCAAUUCCUAUGUACCAGUUAAAGCAUACACUGGAGUUUUGUCCGAUUCUUUUAUCAAGCAGUUCAAAGUAGUAGUUUUAACAGAAGCCACAUUAGAUGAACAAUUACGCGUAUCAGAUAUUACACAUCCAAAUGGAAUUGCUCUUAUAAUCGCUGACACAAGAGGUGUAUUUUCACAAGUGUUCUGUGACUUUGGUGAGGAUUUUGUUGUAACAGACUCUACUGGUGAAAACCUAAUUUCUGUAAUGGUGGCUGGAAUUACAAAGGAUGAACAAGGAAUAGUUACGUGCCUGGAAGAGUCUCGUCAUGGUUUCCAAGAUGGAGAUUAUGUAACCUUUAAAGAAGUAAAAGGUAUGACUGAAAUAAAUGGUUGCGAACCAAAAAAAAUUACAGUGUUGGGACCAUAUACAUUUAGUAUUGGUGACACCACGUCAUAUUCAGAUUAUAUUAAAGGUGGUAUUGCUACACAAGUAAAAAUGCCGAAANUAAUUUCUGAUUUUGGUAAAUUUGAUAGACCAACUCAAUUGCAUUUGGCAUUUAUAGCUUUACACAAGUUUGUUUCAGUCAACCGUCGAUUUCCUACUCCCUGGAAUUUAGAAGAUGCUAAUGCGUUUUUAAAAUUAACUGAGAGUGUCAAUACAACUUCUGUUGAACUUGAUGUCGAUUUAAUAAAAACUUUUUCUAGCGUUUGUGCUGGUAAUAUUAAUCCUAUGACGUCUUUUAUUGGUGGUAUUGUAGCACAAGAAGUCAUGAAAUCAUGUUCUGGCAAAUUUAGCCCAAUAUUUCAAUGGUUUUAUUUUGAUGCCACAGAAACUUUGCCUAAAAGAGUCACAGAAGAAGAUGCUAAACCUGUUGGUAAUCGUUAUGACGGUCAAGUAGCUGUGUAUGGACAAAAAUUUCAAACUAUUUUAGGAAAUCUGAAGUAUUUUGUUGUUGGAGCUGGAGCUAUCGGUUGUGAAUUGUUAAAAAAUUUUGCAAUUAUGGGUGUUGGGUGUGGUAAUGGUAAAAUUAUUGUAACGGACAUGGAUUUAAUUGAAAAAUCUAAUUUAAACAGACAGUUUUUGUUUAGAUCUCAUGAUGUUCAAACGUCAAAAUCAGAAACAGCUGCCAAAGCUAUAAAACAAAUGAAUCCUAAUGUAAACGUGGAUCCACAUACAAAUAAAGUUUGUCCAGAAACAGAACAGACAUACAAUGAUACUUUUUUCAAUAAUUUGGAUGGCGUGGCUAAUGCUUUAGAUAAUGUUGAUGCUCGUAUAUACGUGGAUAGACGUUGUGUUUACUAUAAAAAACCUCUUUUAGAGUCUGGAACUUUGGGUACAAAGGGCAAUACUCAAAUUGUUUUACCAAUGCUUACUGAAUCAUAUAGCUCAUCCCAAGAUCCUCCAGAAAAAAGCAUACCGAUAUGUACUUUGAAAAAUUUCCCAAAUGCUAUUGAACACACAUUACAAUGGGCAAGAGAUUUAUUUGAAGGACUUUUUACACAAGUUCCAACAAAUGUCAAACAAUUUUUAGAAGAUCCUAAUUUUAUCGAACGCACAAAUCAUUUACCCGGAUUACAACCAGCAGAAAUUAUAGAUGGUGUUAGAAAGUCAGUGACAGAAGCCCCCAAAAAUUUUGAUGAUUGUAUUGAAUGGGCAAGACUGCAGUUUGAAGAUCAAUUUAAUAAUCAAAUCAAGCAACUUUUAUUCAAUUUUCCACCAGAUCAAACAACAUCUAGUGGUCAGCCGUUUUGGUCUGGACCCAAACGUUGUCCAAAACCAAUUGCAUUUGAUAUUAAUAACAUGUUGCAUUUGGACUAUAUUUUUGCAGCGGCCAAUUUAAGAGCAGAGACAUAUAACAUUAACCAGAUUAGAGAUCGUAUCUAUAUAGCCAAUGUUGUAUCUUCGGUCAAAGUUCCUGAAUUUGUUCCAAGGUCUGGUGUAAGGAUUGCUGAAAAUGAUUCACAGAUCACAAAUGGGUCAUCAAAUUAUGAUCAAAAUAAACUAAAUAAAACACCAAAAGAUUUGCCACCAGCAGCCUCUUUAAAAGAUUUUAAAAUCGUUCCUUUAGAAUUUGAAAAAGAUGAUGACAAUAACUUACAUAUUGAUUAUAUUGUGGCCGCAUCUAAUUUAAGAGCGUCGAAUUAUGAUAUUCUACCUGCUGACAGACAUCAGAGCAAACUUAUUGCUGGUAAAAUAAUUCCAGCCAUUGCUACAACAACUUCUGUUGUUGCUGGUCUGGUUUGCCAAGAAUUCCUUAAAUUGGCUUGGGGAAUUAAGGAAUUGGAAAAGUACAAAAAUGGUUUCGUUAAUUUAGCUCUACCAUUUUUUGGUUUUUCUGAGCCUUUAACUGCACCAACGUCUAAAUAUUAUGAUGUUGAAUGGACUUUAUGGGACCGUUUUGAAGUGGAAGGUGAACUUACACUUAAUGAAUUUAUAAACUACUUUAAAGAAAAACAUGCACUGGAAAUCACUAUGCUCUCCCAAGGAGUUUGUAUGUUAUACUCAUUUUUUAUGCCCAAAGCAAAGAGAGAAGAGCGUAUCAAUACUAAAAUGUCUGAUAUUGUACGUAACAUAUCGAAAAAAAAAAUUGAACCUCAUGUCAAAUCAUUAGUUUUUGAAAUAUGCUGUAACAACACUGAUGGCGAUGAUGUGGAAGUACCAUAUGUAAAGUACAACUUGCCAUCAGAUUUUAAAUAUUAAAAUGUAAGUUGUACACAAUAUAUAAGUUAUCCAACUGUAUGUUUAAUGACAAUACAAAAUUUUACAAUUGUAAUUAUAUAUACUUCUUUUUUUCAGGUUACGUGUCAAACUAUUAAUUUUUGAAAGGAAUAUUCAUAAAAGAUUUGAGAAAAUUAUUUAUUAUUACCUAAUUUCUCUAAUAGUUUUUAUAUUUUAAAAUUGAGUGUAUUUUUUUCUUUUUUAUUCUAUUAUAAAAUAUUUAUAGUUUGUGUGUUUACCUACAAUAAUUUCACAAAAAUAGAAUAUAAAUAUGUAUGCCUACUUUUCUUGUUAACUUGGGUGCCCAAUCUAACUUAUAGAGAUAAAAUAUUUAUAUUAAUAAAAGUAGUAAAAAUGUGAAUUUUUUUUAUAUACUUAUUAUUAAUCACCUUUUUUAUUUAUCAAAACUUUUAGUUAAUAAAACAUUAAUUCUUUAUAAAGGUUCAUAUUCUUACAAAUACAAUUUAGUAUAUCAUUGAUUAUUAUGUAAAUAUUAAAAUAAUGCGAAAAUUGAAUUUCUGUAUAUUUUGAUAAUAUGUAAUACGUUUGUAUUUGCGUACACAGAAAUCUUUAUAUUGUAUGAUUUUUGUAAUUUUCAAAUAAAUAAACAUUUAGUAAUAUUUAAUAUGCAUCUAACAAUGUUAUCUUCUUAUAGACAUUUUAAAUAUAUGUUGUGUAAAUAACUUAUACC